CUUGGAGCUAAGAUGAAGUACGUAGCAGCCUACCUUAUGGCCGUUUUGGCCGGCAACGAUGAGCCCACUGUAGAGGAGGUCAAGCACAUCCUCUCUGCUGUCGAUGCUGAGGUCGACGAUGAGAUGCUCGCCAAGUUUUUCGCCCAAGUCCAGGGCAAGAACGUCCAAGAGAUGAUCGUUACUGGUCUAUCUAAGCUCGGUUCCGUUGCUUCCUCUGGUGCCCGCCCUGCCGCUGCUGCCGGUGCCGUCGCCGGUGAUGAGGCCGCUGCCGCUGAGGAGGAGGCCAAGCCUGUUGAGGAAGAGGAGGAGGAAGAGGAGAUGGACUUCGAUCUCUUCGACUAAGUCGUGGCUGUUGUUAACUAUCGUUAGUCGACAAUCAUCCUUGGGUCCGAUAGGAGGCAUCAU